GUCUCCCCCAACUGGACCUGAUGGCUAUUGCUUCACAUUCUGGUAUCACAUGUUUGGAGCAACUGUGGGCUUGCUAAGAAUGUCUAUUUAUGACAUUUCAUCCAAUCACAUAUCAUUGAUGUGGCAGAGACAGGGGUCUCAGGGGAAUGUGUGGCAUAAGGCCCAAAGUCAUGUGAAACUGCAGGAAGUUCAUCAGAUAUUAAUUGAAGCUUCAGUAGGAGGACUGGCCGGGCACAUUGCUAUUGAUGAUUUAUCAGUCACUAAAGGUGCCUGUGCUCCCACAGUGGGUCUUUGUGACUUUGAAGAGGGAGACUGUGGCUGGAUUCAACAGACUGAUGAUGACCUGGACUGGAUUCGAGUGUCAGGAAAUAGUCUAAAAUCUAAAUCCUCAAAGUCUAGACCUGGCUUUGACCAUACAACCAACACAGCGAGUGGAUAUUACUUUUAUAUGGAAACCACGUCUGACCAUGUGCAAGGAAAAAGUGCCAGAAUUACCUCUCCUCUGCUGCCUGCAGGUGAUGCCAAGUGUAUCCAGUUGUGGUAUUACAUGGAGGGAAAAGGCACUGGGACCCUAAAUGUGUAUCAACAGUUCUCUGACAAAGAUCAGUCCUUGCAGGUGACCCAAUCUGGAGGACAGGGGGGAAUGUGGAGGUUUGCCCAGACUCCACUAACUCUCUCAGGAUCAAACUAUAGGAUUGUGGUGGAGGGGAUUACAGGCGAGAGCGAACAGGGAGCCAUAGCGUUUGAUGAUGUGCAGGUUUCCAAUGGCCCCUGUACUCCUUCAGGACAAUGUGACUUUGAGGAAAAUGUUUGCAGCUGGAUGAAUCUGUUAGAGGUGGAUGAUGCAGACUGGCUCAGAGCCCAAGCAGGCACUGCAAAUCACACAGGCCCCAGUGUGGACCACACCACCAACUCUACCACAGGUUAUUACCUUUAUGUGGACAGCUCUGUGGGUGUCUGGGGAGACACUGCCAUGAUCCUUAGUGAGAUAUUCACUCCUGACAGCAGGGGGCAGUGUUUCAUAUUCUGGUAUCAUAUCUAUGGCUACAAUGUUGGGACGCUCAAUCUAUACAUUAAUAACAGGAGUAUUUAUGAACGUGGGAAUAAGCUUGGCCUGAUAGUAUGGACAGAGUCAGGAGAUCAGGGAGAUGUGUGGAGGAAAAGCAACAUCUAUGUGGAAUACAGAGAGUCUUUCUGGUUUAUUUUUCAGUUCUUGAAGGGAGCUGGUACCAAAGGAAAUGUAGCUAUUGAUGAUGUUCACAUCAUCCCUGGGCCUUGUGACACAAACCCCACCUCUGCACCUCCAAACCAUACUGAUACUGUAGGCAUUGGGGUAGGAGUGGGAGUGACACUCUUGGUAAUUUUUACUGUUGGUGCUGCCCUUUUUGUGCUUAAUAAGAAGAGAAGUGCUAACAGGGAAUCAAUACUUGAAGAUGAUGAGCUUGAUAGAAACUUUGUUUGUAAUCACAUUUACAGCACUGGUAUAACGUCCACAGGGGAGUAUGGUCACUCCAGUGCCUAACAUACAACUUACUAUUCAGCAGAUGGAAAUAACAC